GGCGGGGACCCGGCCAGAAACCCGGAACUCGGUUUUUCGGGUGGUUUUCGUCCAAUCCUCUAGUCCCUUCGGUUUUGAAAGCCCGCGGCUCCAGGACGGGCUGUGGGUAGGGGCUUCAGCCUGGGGAUCAGGACUGACUCUGACUCUGUGCCGGGACGAACGGCUCGGGCCUGAGGCUGCCCGGCCGCCCCAGCCACCUGUGGAUCCUCCGGUGCCCUCGCUGUGGCCAUGGCGAGGUUCUGGGUCUGCGUGGCCGGCGCUGUCUUUUUUCUUGCAUGUCUGGCAUUGCAUUCGCGUUUUUGUGACUCUUCGGCUUUAAGGAAAUUUCCGUUUCAAAUUUCCUCGAGAAAGGAGAAAAUGCUUUACAGGCUUGAUUUGGGCUGGCCUAAGUAUUCAGAAUACUUCACUGGCACGACAUUUUGUGUUGCAGUUGACUCCCUCCACGGAUUGGUUUAUGUAGCCCAAAGAGGGGAUAACAUUCCAAAGGUAUUAGUGUUCACAGAGGAUGGAUAUUUCCUACGAGCCUGGAAUUACACAGUUGACACACCUCAUGGUAUGUUUGCAUCCAGCACAUCACAUGAACAAUCUGUCUGGAUCACCGAUGUAGGAAGUGGAUCCUAUGGUCAUACUGUUAAGAAAUACAAUUCAUUUGGUGAUCUUGUUCAAGUCUUGGGUACUCCAGGCAAAAAAGGCUCUGGUUUGAAUCCCCUGCAGUUUGAUAAUCCUGCAGAAUUAUAUGUAGAGGACACGAAAGAUAUUUACAUCGUGGAUGGAGAUGGAGGAUUGAAUAAUAGAUUGAUCAAACUGUCCCAAGAUUUCAUGAUCCUUUGGCUGCAUGGAGAAAGUGGGACAGGACCUGCUAAAUUCAACAUACCUCACAGUGUUACUCUUGAUUCAGUUGGUCGGGUAUGGGUUGCAGACCGAGGAAAUAAAAGACUCCAAGUAUUUGAUAAAGACACUGGAGAGUGGUUAGGAACAUGGAAUAAUUGUUUUAUAGAAGAGGGACCAUCUUCAGUCAGAUUCACCCCCAAUGGGCAGUACUUGAUUGUGGCCCAGCUGAAUCUUAGCAGGCUGUCAGUCAUGGCAGCGCCCCCUGCAGGAAGCAUCGGGGACUGUUCUGUGAUCCACACUAUCCAACUACCAGAUCAAGUUCUGCCACAUCUCUUAGAAAUCGACAGAAAGACUGGAGCAAUCUAUGUAGCAGAAAUUGGGGCAAAACAAAUACAAAAAUAUGUCCCUUUGAAGAGCCAUGUUCCUGCAUUUGGUGCUGAGUGGUUAUUUUCCUAGAGAUAAGUAGCAGUUCAGAUUCUCAGAUUUGUUAAGUGCUUAAAAAUCAUGUUCAAGCAUAAGAAUUUGUUUAUUUUUUACCUGAUCUUGUACCAGAAAGAUCUGUUUUUAUGUUAUUAAGAGGCCUGUCUUUUUGUUUGCUUGGGACUUAGAUAAGUGCCUAAGAAUAUUUUAAUGAAGGAAAUGUAACUUUAAAAAGGUUGCAGGAAGGGGAACUAAGACUGUAACCUAGUGAUUUGCUCUGGUAUAUUAACUCUCCUGAGCUAAAAAUAUGUGCAUAGGACAACUUAUUGAUUUCAUGUGAAGAACCAGCAUCCCCCAAUUUCUUUAACUUGCAUAAUGUGGACUGUUUGAGAGAUUGUGAGUAGGAUGGGCUACAUAAGAAUGGUAGUCCUAAAGAUUUAAAAUUAAAGAAGCAGAGUUGUCUGCCUUUUGUGUAGCCUACAGUCCAGUAGCGAGGUAAGUGGGCAGGCGCAGGGCAGCAACACUCAGGUGUAGUGAGCUUUAGAAGGGGGAGCGCUGCAUCUGACUGAGGAACUCAUGAAACUGCUGGCAACAGGAGCUCAAGCUAGGACCUGAAUACUUACAAGGAACUGGCCAGGGGAUGAGAAGGAGAAAGCGCCAUCCAAAUUACAAACUCACUGUGCGUUUUGGUAGGCUUUGAUGCCUUUUUGUAAAAGUCCAACUUGACUUGUUUUUUUUAAAUCUAUAAUAUACUUAAUGGUAACCCUUAAAUGUAAGGAAAAAAAAAAACAGCUGGCAUCUAAGUGCUUUACUGAAAGGACUUUUUACAAGUAAGUAGAUAAUUUUUAAAAGUCAGUGUUAAAAAUGAGGUCUCUUCUCAAAACGUCCUCUGUUUUUUUCUUUUAAUGUGAACUCAAUUCAUUCAUAACAUUUGUCUUACCUCAAAGAAAUUGGGAUAAUUUACAUGGAGAUGUGCCAAAUACUUAAUGCUGUUAAAAUUCCAUUAUUUUUCCACCCCCACCUCCCAUCUGAGUAGUACCUCCUUAGUUAGGGCCAUUUUUUCCACCUUGUUCUAGUUUAUUACAGGUUUUGGCGGAACGUUGCCAUAUCACAGUCUUUCAAAUCAUUCUUCCCCUCUGCUCACAUCAUCUUCACUCUUUAUCCCCAGUUUUACGGUGAAUUGUGUAGUAUAAGAGAAGUCUUAGCUGACUUUUCUCCUUGUCCAUUAUGACAAAAUGCCUCUUCGAAGGAAUGUAGGUUAUACAAACUAAUGUUGUCAUUUCUAAAAUGUUUA